AUGGGUCGUUUUAAUGUAGGAUUAUUACGUUACCUCCAACCAGAUGAUUUUCGUGUUUUGUUGGCUGUUGAAAUGGGAUUGAAAAAUCAUGAAUUUGUUCCAUUACCUUUAAUAGCAACUGUUGCUGGUAUCCAUCGUGGUGCUACAUCAAAAACAUUAAUGGAAUUAUGUAAAUAUCAAUUAGUAUCAUAUGAAUGUGGAAAAUCAUAUGAUGGAUAUAGAUUAACAAAUUUAGGAUAUGAUUUUUUAGCCUUAAGAGCAUUAAGAUCUCGUGAAUCUGUAUCUGCUGUUGGAAAUCAAAUAGGUGUUGGAAAAGAGUCAGAUAUUUAUAUAGGUGGUGAUAAAGAUUUAAAUGAUGUUGUGUUAAAAUUUCAUAGACUUGGAAGAACAUCAUUUAGAAAAAUUAAAGAUAAAAGAGAUUAUCAUAAUAAAAGACAACAUGCAUCAUGGUUAUACCUGUCUAGACUAAGUGCUUUGAAAGAAUUUACUUUUUUGGGAGCUUUAUAUAGUAGAAAAUUUCCUGUACCAAAACCAAUUGAUUGUUGUAGGCAUCUUGUUGUUAUGGGACUUGUUGAUGGUAUUACACUUGCUGAUGUUGGUGAAUUAAAAGAUCCAGAAGUUUUGUAUGAUAAAUUAAUGAAUUUAAUUGUUAGACUUGCCAGACAUGGCCUUAUUCAUGGAGAUUUUAAUGAAUUUAAUUUAAUGGUUAAAAAGGAUGAAGAACCAAUAAUGAUAGAUUUUCCACAAAUGAUAAGUAUAGAUCACCCAAAUGCAGAAUAUUAUUUUAUGAGAGAUGUAAAUUGUAUAAGAGAUUUUUUUAAGAGACGUUUUAAUUAUGAAUCAGAGUUGGCUCCAUCAAUGAAAGACAUAGAAAGAAUACAUAAUCUUGAUGCUGAGUUAUCUGCUAGUGGUUUUACCAAACAAAUGCGAAGAGAUUUAAAUAAAGCUUAUGAGAUUGGUGAUUUCAAGGCUCAUGAAAGUGAUUCAUGUGAUAGUGAUGAUGAUGAUAAGAAAGAAAAUGAUGAUGAGAAUGAAGAUGAAGAAGUAGAAGAUGUUGAUACAGAUGAGUAUGAUGAUGAUGUUCAUAAUAGAGAUAAAACUGAUAAAGAGUUACGUUUUGAUAAAUGGAUUCAAAAUACUCAAGAUAAUUUUGAUAAAUUAUGUAUUGAAGAAGAUAUAGAAGAUAAAAGUAAUAAUAUUGAAGAGAUGUCACCUGAACAAUUGGCAAAAUAUACAAAAGCUAUUGAUGAUACAAAAAAGAAAAUGGAAAAAUUAGAUGAGGUAGAAAAAGUUAAUCAACCACCAGAGUAUGAUUCAGAGGAGGAUGAUGAAAUUCAUGAUAUGGGUGGUGAUGCUGAAAGUGAAAAUAGAAGAAUAUUUAGGCGUGGUAAAGUUACUCAGGCAAGGAGUGUAUAUAGUAAUGGAAGUACAAUAGAUCCAGAAAUUGUUAGAAAACGUUUACUUCAUGAAAAAAGAAAAAUGAAAAAAGAAAAGAUUCGUGUUAAAGGUAAACAAUGUGCUGUAUCUAGAAAUAGAAAAGCUAAUAAAGAAUUAAUAAAAGAAUAUUCAGGAUGGUUUUAA